AUGCAACCUGCGCAUUUGCCGAAAGUGCGGAUCGUUCGGUUGAAGCAGCGAUCGGGAUUGAUUCUGGCCCGAUUGGCCGGAGCGAAAGUUGCCAAAGGAAAUGUGAUAAUCUUUCUGGAUUCGCACUCGGAAGCGAAUGUUAAUUGGCUGCCUCCUUUGUUGGAUCCGAUUGCCGAGGACAAGAGAACCGUCGUCUGUCCAUUCAUCGACGUGAUCGACUUCGAAACUUUUGAGUACACUGCGCAAGACGAAGGAGCGAGAGGCGCGUUCGACUGGAAGUUUUCCUACAAAAGACUCCCUGUUCUUCCGGAAGACGAGAAAAACAUGCCUAAACCUUUCAAGAGCCCCGUAAUGGCUGGCGGUUUGUUCGCCAUCAGUGCAGAAUGGUUUUGGGAACUCGGAGGAUACGACCCUGGGUUGCAAAUCUGGGGCGGCGAACAAUACGAGCUAUCCUUCAAGAUUUGGCAGUGCGGCGGAAAAAUGGUGGAUGCUCCAUGCUCCAGAGUCGGACACGUUUUUCGGAAAUUCAAUCCAUUCCCGAAUCCUGGAAUCGGUGACUACAAAAGAAAAAAUUUCAAAAGAGUUGCUGUUGUUUGGAUGGACGAGUACGCGGAAUUUCUCUAUCGUCUUCGCCCGAAAUAUAGAAACAUCGACCCUGGAAAUUUGUCUGAGCAAAAGGCUAUUCGCGAGCGACUGAAAUGCAAGUCUUUCCGGUGGUUCAUGGAAGAAGUAGCCUUUGACUUGCCUGAAAAAUAUCCACCGAUUGAACCUCCAGAUUUUGCCGCAGGAGAGUGGCUUUCUUUGACAUACUACAAAGACAUCAGGCUAAAAGAGUGGAACUUGUGCAUGGAUGUGGAGUCUGGCAAUGAUGGAGAACCAGUUCUUCUAGAUACAUGCCAUUGCCUUGGUGGAAACCAGCUUUGGAAAUAUGAUGUG